UACUCCACGUGGUGUGUUGUUUACUUCUUCCAGGAACACUCCGUUAGUAGAGGAGAUAUUUGAUUGUGAAAGAGCGUUCCAGUUUAUAAUUUCAUAGCACAGCUGCUCAAACACAAAAAUAUAUUUUGCCGAAACUGAGACUUCACAACACACUGUACAAAAUGUUUACACUUGGCAGCAGGUUAGCUCAGUUUCACAUUGCCUCAGGUACAACUGCAUCAGAAGAUACCAAAGAAGAAAACCCCCAACCUACUCAAACAUUUAAUGAAUUUCUGCAGUAUGUCAGGCAAAUUGGUGGGUUGAAAAAAGAAGACAUUUUCUGCAACCUUCGUAUCUCAAACUCCAACCAUCCAUCCAAAGAUGACAUCAGCGUCAUCAUCCUCACAGGCCAUGGUGUGUUCUGCAUCGACGUGAAACUCUGGAGGGGAACUGUGUCUGCUCAGAACCAAAACUGGCAUGUUCAACUCAAAGAAAAUGACCAAAACUUAACUAACACCUGCAUAGAGCGUGUGGAAGACCCCCUCAAAGCUAUCAUGAACAAGACAGCCCACCUGUGGCAGUACAUGAAGAGGAAUGGAGUUUCAGUACGCCAGAACCUCUUUUUCCCCAGAGUGGUCUUUCUGGCCUCAGACUGUGAGCUGGAUGAAGAACUCAGGAAGAAGAAAGAGAUGGUUUCCCACAGCCAAAUGGAUGCUUUCUUCCGUUCUUUCAAAGAGGGAUAUGUGGCCUGGAUAUCAGAUGCAAUGACUCCCUCAUGGCUGACUGGCCACCUGUCGUACAGACAAAUGGGGGAGCUGAGGGUGGCUCUGAAGAGAGUGGGGACCUGGGACCUAGUGAAGCUGCACUGUGGAGAGCAGCUAAGGGGAGACUACAAGGGAUGCCAGUACAUCGCUCUCAACCGCCAGGACACUGACAUGUUGGAGUUCUCCAGGGUCAAGACCCUGUCUGCUGACUCACUGUGGGCCCUUUUGGGGCAUGCCCCUCAGGUCACAGUGAAGAUGUAUAAGCGUGGAGCCCAAGGCUGGCUUGGUAAACCUCUGAACGCCACCACCACCAUCCCCUACACAACCCAUGUGAUCUUCAGAGUCAGUGGAGAAGAGGAAGACUUGAAGAUCCUGGCCAACACCAUCUGCAGCAUCACACUCAGUAUAUGACUCAGCACAGCCAGCAGACAAAGUGUAUGGAGCUACUCUUGGUUUUCUACUAAAAUAGUUUUUGCAUGAAAAUGGUUGGAUAUAUGAAUAUACAGUUCUCAUCAGAUUUUAUUAAUGAGUGCCUUUUAGUACUGUAAGUUUUUGUAAUAUUUGUUUGUGGUUUUGCUACUCAGACUUUUAUAUGUUUCACUGCUAUAGCUACUUUGUCAUAUAAAAGGAUAUAAAGGUUUGGCUGAAUAUUGUGGCAUUAAUAUUUCUAGUCCCCCUGUACACCAAACUCUUCUCUGUCAAACUCAAUGACAUAAUUAUGGAACACUGUAAAAAAAAAAAGGUUUAAAAAAACCGGGAACAAUCUGGCAGCUGGGACGCCAGAUUAAACACAGUAAAAAAAGAAAGUUUAACUAACAUUAAUUAACCCUAAAAUAAUUGUAAUUUUCCUGAACCAGUUUUACAAAAUAUCUGUAAUAUAACAUUACAAGCUGUUCUUUGCCAGUAAAUAUAACUUUCAUUAAUUGAACUUCUAAAUGAAACAACAUUUCUAAUUUUAAAUGUGUACUAUUAUCCUGAAUAAACCAGAUUUGCGGAGGAAAAAACGAUUUGUAAUUGUACAAACAUAUGUACCUUGUGUACGUUCACAUUAUAAACCCAUGUUAUGACACAUUCCAGUACCAAUGUACAAGAUAUAUCUGUAAUAUUACAUUACAUGCUGUUCUUAACCGGUAAAUUCUACUUUUAUUAAAUAAACUUCAAUGUAAAAAUAGAAUUUUCAAUACAUAAAAAUAUUCAAUAAAGCCAAAACAAUAUAUCACGAUUAAACAUGUUCAUUCUUAACAAGUCGUGUGGACAACAUACAGCAUCCAGGGGGGUAUUCCAGGUAGCGGGUUUAGUGAAAACUUUGAGUUGUUUAACCCAGAAAAGAGGCAUACU